UUCAUAUCACAGGAAAAAAGAUAAAGAUUUGAUGGCAUCUUCUUCGAGCGACGGCGUGACGGCAAGGCCGACCAGCGCUGUGACGAAUAUUCAGAGCUGGGACGAGUUCACAGAGCAUUUUGUGAUAUCUGAUUCCAAGCUGGUGGUGCUGGUGUUCAUGGCGCCGUGGUCGGAGCCGUGGAAGCUGAUGAGGCCGGUGGUGGAGACGAUGGCGAGGCAGCUGAGGAGCAGCGCCAGCGGCGAGGUGUGCGCGCUGAGCGUGGACCGGUUCAACACGCUGGGGCGGCUGCUGCGGGUGGAGGCGCUGCCGACGUUCGUGCUGGUGAAGAAGCGCCGGGCGGUGGGGCGCGUCGUCGGCGUCAACCGGGAGGAGCUCCAGGCCAGCGUCAACAAGCACCUUGCGCCCGCUUCGUCUGCACAAUCCAUCGUCGAUAUUGCUGCUGCUACUUAAUUAAUUACGGCUGCGCCGUGCCUGCCUCAUUUUGUUUCUCCUUAAUUCAUUCAUGCCAUACAUCUUAUACAUGGU